GCAUAGAAAAGUUCUGUCCAAUAAAUAAUAUGCAUCCUAAGUUACUCGAGGCCAAUUAGGCGCAUGGAAGAGAUCGCGCAUGAGUGAUAGACUAAUAGCAAGGUGUCAGGCUGCGCAGUGCACUGUCACUGGUUAGCUAAACCACAGGGCGGAGUUGACGAAACACUCUCAUGGGUUUCUCAAGGGAAAAAAACCGCGUGCGUCAGUUUAGUGAGUGUGGACAACCGUAGAGUAGGCAACGCUGUGACAAACAGACAAUACUGACAGAAAGCUGGGGAGCCUAGAAUUAUUAAAGGAAUGACGAGUCGCACUUCAGCAAGACACGAAGUGUAAGUUUGGAUAUACAAUGGGUUCUCUGGAGAGACUGAAUGAGUGCGCGCAAUUGGGGAAGUUACCCCAACACGAAAUGCAACGGAUACGUAUGUAAAGUGACUUUUUAAAUGCGGUGUUUUAAAAAUUAAUGCAGGUUACAACUAGGUAAAGAUGAACACCACCACUUCUGAGAAGCCGAAGGACCCCACAAUUCCGGUCAUCAUGUUCAUAUUUGGUGUGGUUGGUAAUGUGAUUGCCAUUGUAGUGCUCCGAAAGUCGCGUAAAGAACAGAAGGAAACCACUUUCUACACGUUGGUGUGUGGGCUGGCAGUAACAGACCUGUUAGGUACACUUCUUGCGAGCCCUGUCACUAUAGCUACUUAUGUCAAUGGAAGGUGGCCUGGGGGCGAUUCACUCUGUCAAUAUUUCGGCUUUAUUCUACUGUUUUUCUCGCUGGCUGGACUAAGUUUCAUCUGCGUUAUGUCAAUUGAGAGGUACUUGGCGAUAAAUCAUGCAUACUUCUACAGUCAUUACGUGGAUCAGAAACUUGCAGGCGUAACCCUCGCGGGAAUCUAUGUUUCCAAUGUACUGUUCUGUGCGCUUCCGAGCAUAGGACUCGGCCAUGUCAAGCUCCAGUUCCCGCAUACCUGGUGUUUCAUCGACUGGCGGACUAACAACAGCAUACACGCAGCCUUCUCUUACGCCUACGCUGGUGUCAGCUCUGCGCUCAUCUUGGUUACCGUCGUCUGCAAUGUGCUGGUGUGUGGAGCUCUAAUAAUGAUGCACAAACGCUUCGUACGUAGGACAUCUCUUGGCACUGACCAGGGACGCAUCACGGACCUCCGUCGCAGGCGGAGUUUUAGUCGCAUGGCUGGCGCUGAGAUCCAAAUGGUUAUUUUACUCAUAGCUACAUCGGCAGUAGUACUCAUCUGCUCCAUUCCAUUAGUGGUGCGGGUAUUUGUGAACCAGCUAUAUCUUCACCCUGACACUGAGCAGGUGUUAGAGCAGAAUCCAGACCUCCAGGCCAUCCGGAUUGCCUCAGUCAAUGCGAUCCUGGACCCAUGGAUAUACAUUCUGUUGAGAAAAACAGUCCUGCAAAAGCUUCUGGAGAAGGUUAAGUGUCUGUUCUGUCGUAUUGGUGGGUGGGGCCCUGGGCCGAGCCCUGGCGAGUUUCGCUGCAGUGGAGGACCACAAAUGUCCCCCAUCGUUUCUCGUGAUUCACCAUCACUUGUGUCACGAGAGCUGAGAGACAUGGUCAGCACCUCUCAGACAUACCUAUACCCAUCUGACUCAGUGGAGGGUCCCAGAUUCAGCAUAUGCUUGGUGGAGAGCAGGACAUAUCUAUCUCCCACAGAACAAGCAUUUCUGCAAGCCAAGCGGGGAUUAGACCACAAAAACAGUCAAAGCUCUACUGAGGAAAUGAAAGAGGGAGAUGUGAAUGUGCAAUCACAAGAGACAGGUAUCCUAGUGCCCUCCCACAAAAGUGGACCACGACAGGGUUGCAAGCAGCAAACACUUCAGGUCACAUUCACAGAUGAGAUAUUAAAUUUACAAGAACGAUGCAUAUGAGAUAUUAUGCAUGCAGGACUAUACAUGGUUGACAACAAUACAGAAAUAAAACUGCAGGAGAGGAAUUAAAAAAAAUGAAAUGUUCAAAAAAUCAUGAGUCAUGGAGGAUGUCCAAUAAGCUAAAUUGACAGCAAACACUAAAUUAUAUUGAUGAGCCAGCCUGUAAUAGAGUGGGAGAGGUUACUUUGGUAAGAAAGAAAACAUGGAAGAAAGCUACAUACUUGUGAAUGAAAAAGCAAAAGUUGUAAAAGUGAAGUAAUGCUUUUGAAAGGAAACAGAGCUAAAAAGAGAGUGAGAGGUUUUCACUUUGGUAAAACAAAUGUUUUGCUAAAACAAAAGAUGAUGAAUGUGCAUACUUAGUCUUGUAUAUAUGUAUGAUAGAGAGAUAAACUUUAAUAAUGAUGGCGUCAUAAACAUGUGACAUAACGUCUAAGUACAGUCUAAUAUUGAACUGGGUGAUUUAGUGCAGUUCUAGCUACAUGAGACAGCACUGCAACCCAGGGGAUUGCCAAACCACAGAAAACGUUCCUCUGGAGUUCAGCAAGGGUCAGCUUGCUAGUCAUAUAUAUAGCAUUAUUGGCAGCUCAUGUAAUGUUGAAUGCUUUGCACCAGAACACACCUUAUAAGAAUUCCUUAUAAGAAGUCAGUGUAAACCCUAUAACUGGACUGAGAAAGUCAACUGCCCCACAGAUCCAUGGAGGUUACAGAUUAGCGGGUGUAUUACUUGCAUAAGGGAGCACAAGACAAGGGACUGAAAUCAAGAUUGCUUGAUUUCUCAGAUUGCCCUGGUCCUGUACACAUUUUGGAUAUAAACCUGAUGUUUGCCCUGCAUUUAGAUCAAACAAAUAGCAAAGUGCGUGAGGGUUGCUAUUUUCCCAUAAUUAACACUCUGAAGUCUUUACUUGAAAGUGUAGAACCACUGACUUGAACAUACAGCACUUCACCACACAUAACUAUGUAGUAGACAUUUUCCUUUGUUAAUUUAAAUCACAUAAACCAAUUAUGUUUAUAUUUCAUAGAAGCCUCAAUACACAAAUGGAUUUUGAACAUUUGUUGAAAGUACCACUAUUUUUUUCUUUUGUAUAUCCUGUUUUUUGGUCACCCCUUUUCCCUCUCAUAUCUAAUCCAUAACCAUCAGUAUCCCCUAUCACACAACUACUGCCAACAAGGGAGGGUAAGACACAUACAACCAGUCACAUCUUUUCAAGCUUCAGCUCAUGCAAUGUUAGGGGGAUGCAACACACUCAGAGGACACCGCUACCCUGCCCUUUCUGAUGCAUGAGCUCAUCUCACAGACACCCGUGAUUAGCCAGUCCCAUGUAAAUGACGGUAUGUGGCCACCCCUCCCUCCCAGUUUGAUCUGUUGGGCUCCCAGCUACAGAUGGCUGUGGCAACACCAGAGCUUGAACACCCAAUGCCACAAUGACAGGGCAAACACUUUUCUGUUGUAUCACUUAAGAGUUUGUUUAAUGUUUAUUGAAAUAAGGAUCCAUUGGCCUACAGAUAAAGUAUGAUUAUCAUAACCAGGCCCAGAUCUGUUAAAUGAGGACUAGAUGUCAUCUCUGUGUCUUAAUAUAGCAACACAUUACACAGUAUAAGCGCAAAUGUCAUAAGCAGCAGAUUAUUAAAAGCUUUUUAAAUUUGUCUUAAUGAUGAAAUGUGUAUUCCAUGCAUAAGGCGAUAUGUAAGAGAGAUUGCAAAGUCAUGAGAUGGUGUUUCUUCCACUUUUUAAUUUUCUGAACCAUUAAAAUACAUCUUGUUAAUGUCAGCUGUUGUUUCCAAGAUGCCUUUGGCAUCUUGGAGAAUCCUGUUUGUAUGUACUUGUUAUAUGAAAAUGUGAAUGACAUCCCACUGAAAUUUAUAAUACAGGGGUUUUGUUGCAUCUUCUCUGUGAGAAGGUCUAGGUUGUUAUACCCAUGCCAAAGUCUUACAUAGCAAACUUUAGUUUCUGAAGGCAUAAUUUGAGCUGUACAAAUGUUUUGUAUGUAAAUGCGAAUGUGUGUAAAAUUAAACUUUAAUAUGAGCAUCACUUUUUCAGUGCUUUAAAUGCAUUACCUACAACAAAUGAUUCCAACCAGUUUACUUCCUCCUGUGUAAAUAUGUUCAAUUCUUUUCUCACCAGUCCUAGUCAAAUGGGAUUAAAAAUACAGGGCAGCAUUAAAAAUGAUUCCCCCUGAGAAAUGAAAAUGAAAUAGUAGCAGAUUGAAAUAGUAUUUAACCUUGGAUAUUGCAAAAAUGCUGAAAUAAAACACAACAUACACUUCUAACAGAUCUAACAAAGUCACACAGAUCUGUCUCAGCUGUGUCAUAGGACCCAAAGGGCAUGUACAGGAUAAAAGGAGUCAUAAGUAAUAUAAAGCAAUUAAAUAUGAGCUGCACCUUCUAAUAAUAAUGUAAAAAUAAUCACUUUCAUAAAUAUUGUUUGCUACUUUUUGGUAGUAAAAAUGAUUUGUUGUUCCUUUAAGUGAACUUGUUCUAAUAAUCUGACUCCCUAGGAAAGUUUACUCUAAUUACUGCCACCCCCUACUAACAUGGACUGGUCUAUAAUCAUUCAGCAAUGUCAUGGCAUCUGUUAGGACAAGAAAACACUUCCAUGGCAACAGUUAAACCAAUGUUCUUAUCUGCAGAGGGAACGCUAUUAAAAGGCUUUUUAGCUAGCAGGCAACACAUAACUUUUUAUGGUGAAAGCAGUAGAUAUUUGCUUAACCCAUGUAAAAACCAAGUGCAUUUAAUUAUAACAUGCCUCAAUACAUCAUCUUACAAGUGUCAGAAGUUGUGUACUCUGUGGUAACCUAACAGAAGUGAUCAAAGCUGGUAUCUGCCAUAAUUUCAUACUAAGGCAGAAUCAAAACAAAUCAAGCUAGGCUCAAAUAAUUUUUUUUACUCAUGUAUUUUAAGAUGAGGGGCAUACAUAAAAUAUCCUGUAUGUAAAUAUAAAAUACACUAUGUGCACAAAUAUAAAGCAAGAGAGUAUUUUCACCAUAUCAUCAUUUUUAUGCAUAUUUUUCAACUCCAAGCUGUAUAAACUUGAAUGCUUCUUGGAUUUAUGCAU